AGAGAGUACUGCGGUACACCUGUCUGAGCGUAUGCACCAAAGGGUUAAGGAUGAGGACACCUGUGACCCUGAACACUGCCCUUCACAACAAGGGUAAGUAACCUUUUUCAAAUUUCUCCUUCUAUUCUAUCUAGGCCUAUAGCUCCUCUCUGUUAUGCCCAUCUAUCUACCCUAACAAAGAACCAAAUUUUCCCUUCAAAUUUUGAUUUUUUCUGCACUGCGUUGGGCAAAAGGCUCAAUCCAGUAAUGGGAGAUGGUUGUGUGCUUCAGGGCACCAGCAAUUCCAACAAGGGUAAGGAUAGUAAUAUUAAUAAUAAUAAAAAGAAUAAGAAGAAGAAGAAGAACAGGGGUGGCACCAAGAAGAAGAUGACCCAUGAGCAGGUUCUGGCCUUCAAGUUUGUGAGUGAAUGGGUUUUCUUGGAUCACCCUUCUUCUGCUUUGGCUUCUUCAACUUCCUCUUCCUGUGUUGUGGAUGAUUUUGGGGUGCAUAAACCACUGGGGAGAGGUGGGGAUAAGCUUCUCUUUGAAUUGCAUUCACACUCCAAAUUCAGUGAUGGGUUCUUGUCCCCUUCCAAGGUUGUUGAGAGAGCUCACAUGAACGGCGUGAAAGUUCUUGCUCUCACAGAUCAUGACACUUUGUCAGGCAUACCUGAGGCUGUAGAAUCAGCUCGUAAAUAUGGCAUCAAGAUAAUCCCUGGUGUUGAAAUUAGCACAAUAUUUUCUCCUAGGGGUGAUUCUGAAGCAGAGGAGCCAGUUCAUAUUUUAGCAUAUUACAGCAGUAUUGGACCAACAAGGUUUGAGGAGCUGGACAAGUUUUUAUCAAAUAUAAGGGAUGGACGUUUUCUUCGUGCAAAGAACAUUGUCCUAAAAUUGAACAAGCUCAAAUUGCCUCUUCAGUGGGAGCAUGUCUGCAGAAUUGCAGGCAAGGGGGUUGCCCCAGGGCGGCUUCACGUAGCCCGUGCCAUGGUUGAAGCAGGUUAUGUAGAAAAUCUCAGACAAGCCUUUGCUCGAUAUCUCUUUGACGGUGGACCUGCUUAUUCCACGGGAAGUGAGCCUCUGGCAGAGGAAGCAAUAAAAAUGAUUUGUCACACUGGGGGUGUUGCUGUUCUGGCUCAUCCAUGGGCAUUGAAAAACCCAGUUCCCAUUGUCAGGAGGUUGAAAGAAGCUGGCCUUCAUGGAAUGGAGGUCUACAAAAGUGAUGGAAGGCUAGCAGCAUAUAGUGACCUGGCUGAUGCCUAUGGGCUUCUAAAAGUUGGAGGGUCAGACUAUCAUGGGAGAGGAGGGCACAACGAAUCUGAACUGGGAAGUGUGAACCUUCCAGUACUAGUUUUGCAUGACUUCCUUAAUGUAGCUCGGCCAAUCUGGUGCAAUGCCAUCAGGGAAAUAUUAGAGUGUUAUGCUGAAGAGCCUUCUGAUUCUAACCUAGCAACAAUUACAAGGUUUGGGAGAACCCGGGUUUUUAAGGGAGGUUCACCCUUGAGUUGUGGACAGGACUUGAUUGAUCACUGUUUACCUCUCUGGUUGACUAGCCAAGAGAUGGAAAAUGCUGGGUUUGAAGCUAUCAAGUUGAAGCUUUCCAAUGUUUCUGUUAGUCAUGGAGGAGGAAUUCAGGUUCUCAUUGAGACUUGAUAGUUUUGUAUGGCAGCAGAUAUGUUGAUGAUCAUUCCCUGUAUUCUUGUCAGCUAAUCUUAAUAUUAAUUUUCCCAAGUUCAAUUGCCUAUUGAUUUUUUUGAAUUUUUUCUAUGAUCAUUAAGCAAACAUUUCUCAAAUUAUUGUUUUAUCUUCCAUCACUGAUGGGAUUUCUUUUGUUAUUCUGAAUAGCUUGUGUAUUCUUCUUAAGAACUUACUUUGUAUUAAUACGAAAGACAAACUAAAUGCAGUUUCCGU